AGAAGGCAAGGGAAAAAAAUAAAAUAAGUUAUAACAGUUUAUACAGUUAAAGCACUCGUGUCUAACAUAAAACCGAGUCAAUUGGGUAAAUACCAACAGAGAGCAACUACGUACAACCCUCCAUGGAGCUCACGACCUUCCACUCGUCCUGCAAUGGCCUCCGAUUUUGCAGCCCGUCGCUCCCUUUUCAAGCGGUUCCUUGGAGUUCCAUCAGCCUCGCCCAGUUCCCACACUCGUUAUCCACUUGCAAUAGACACAAACUCGUCUCUACAGCGACCUCAGUGUCUCACAAUCCCUCCCCAAAGCCUCUCUCCGCGACUUGCUCCGUGGCCAAUGAUAGCUUUCUCAAUUCAACGACGAAGGAUGCUGUGGUUGAUCCCUUUCUUGCAGUGAAGAAGAAAGCAAUGGAUAUGUCCCCUGAAUUGAAAGGAACUUCCAUAUUUCUUGUGGGGAUGAAAAGCUCUAUAAAGACCAGUUUGGGGAAACUUCUAGCAGAUGCAUUACGGUAUUAUUACUUCGACAGUGAUAGUUUGGUCGAGGAAGCUGCCGGAGGUGAAUCUGCUGCCAAAUCUUUUAAGGAGAGUGAUGAAAAGGGAUUUCGUGAGUCUGAGACUGAAGUAUUGAAGCAGUUAUCAUCUAUGGGUCGCUUGGUGGUUUGUGCUGGAGAUGGGGCGGUUCAGAGUUCUACUAAUCUGGCGUUUUUAAGACAUGGAAUCUCAAUAUGGAUUGAUGUACCCUUGGACAUGAUAUCAAGGGGGGUGAUCGAAGACCAGUCUGGAUUAUGUGAUUCAGAAAUUUUCACUUCUGAAGCUUACUCAAAGGUUUUGACGCAGUUAACUUCUCUUUAUGAAGAAAUGAGAGGUGGAUAUGCGAUAGCUGAUGCAACUGUUUCACUACAAAAGGUAGCUUCCCAAUUAGGUUGUGAUGAUCUGGAUGCAGUUACCACGGAAAACAUGACUUUAGAGGUUCUCAAGGAGAUAGAAAAACUGACAAGAGCUAAGAAGUUGAUGGAAGCAGCAGCAAGACCUUUUUAAGCCGGCCAUGGAUUUGCUCUCAUCACUUGUACUGACUGCAAACACUAUACAGAAUUUUGGGAUCUCUCUACACUCGAGAGCUUUUCUGCC